CGACGGGUUCGCGGCGGGGAGCUGCCAGAACGUCUCGUCGGGCAUGGCCUACUUCGCGUCCCAGGACAGGGUGGGCUACAUGAGCCCGGAGCAGAGGGAAGGGCUGGAUCGCAUGCUCGCGUCGGAGGCCGUCACCCGCCACAUCGCCGAGUCCGGCGUCGACCCCAGCAAAAUCUUCUUUGCUCCACCCACUAUAUUUGGUAGCGCUGAUGGCACCCCCAGUGAGUCGAAUGACUCUGCGAAGAUGGAGGAUAUGGGGCCACUGCAUGAGGCAGCAUGCACGGGGAAAUUGGAUACAUGCCAAUACUUGGUGGAGCAGCUUGGGUUUGACAUCAACACUGAAGCUAAUGACGAUUCAGGCAUGACACCUUUGGCUUGUGCGGUGCUGCGUGGUGAAUCAGUUACUGUGGAGUAUUUGCUUGACAAAGGUGCUGAUCCCAAUAAGCAAGACAACAAAAGAUUUACUCCUCUGCACCACGCUAUAAAAGAAGGGAAUAACCGAAUGGUACGACUCUUGCUCUCUAAAGGAGCCAGCGUUGAUGUAUUCUCUUCUGAAGGGACACCACUUCAUAUCGCUGCCUCGUAUGGGAAAUCUGGCAUGAUGCAGAUUUUAUUGCAGCACAAUGCUGAUGUAAUAAAUAUAGGCACACCCAUGGCUGCAGCUCUUUGUGUUGCUUCUGGAAGAAUUACCGAGUCUGAUGCUUUAAAGUGCAUGAAGCUCCUUGUCAAGUAUAUUACUCCACAGGCUAGUGCCGAUUUGAAUUGUGCAAAUCCUGAUACUCCAUUGGUGGUAGCAACUAGCAAAGGCUUAUGCGAAUGUGUUGAGUAUUUGUUGGAGGUCGGCGCAGAUGCCAAUAUUCCAAGCAAUCAUGACCGUAUGCUACCAAUAGAAAUGGCUGCAAACUCUGGAAGAAGAAUGCUUGUCGAGAUUCUAUUUCCUUUCACUUCACCCAUUCAAUCUGUGUCAAACUGGAGUGUUGAAGGAAUCAUUGCCCAUGCAAAGUUAAGACAUUCAAACAAGGGUAAGCAAAGUGAUAAAGAUAGCAAAGUUCAGCUGAAAUUGAAUGCAGAAGUAACAACCAAGAAAGAGGACUCAUGUGCACCAAAGAAGCCCUGUGUCAAGGACAAGGGAGGUGAUAAAGAUAAGAAGGCUGAACUGAAAUUACUCGGUGCAAAAGCAGUCGAGCGGAAGGACUAUGCUGGUGCAUUAAAAUUCUACAGUGAGGCAAUCAAAGUGGAUCCUGAAGAUGCAACGCUUUAUUCCAACAGGAGCCUUUGCCAUCUAAAGAGCGGCGAAGCGCAUGAUGCUUUGGCUGAUGCCAUUGCAUGUGUAAAUCUGCAGCCCGAUUGGGCGAAGGGUUACUAUCGGAAGGGAGCUGCCUUCAUGUCGCUCAAGGAGUAUGAAGAAGCAUGUGAUGUAUUCCUGGCUGGAGGGAAACUGGACCCUGCAAGCGUAGAGAUUCGUGACGCAUUUUGGGAGGCGGUCGGGGCAAUGAAGAAACAACAUUCGGACAGACAAAGUGCGGGCUCUCGGUCUGAUUAGAGCUUUCGUGGGCGGUUGAUGCAGCCAUGCAGGGUUCAGUUUUUUUCAGGGUGUUCCUCCUGUUUUGUGUACGUGUGACGAAUUCGCCUUCUCCCUUUUGGUUCUAAAAGCGCGCCGAGAAGUGGUGUUGGCCAUGCAGGGUUCAGUUCGGUUCAGGGUGUUCCUUUAGAAUGUGUGUGUCGUCCCUUGGCACAUACGUGUGAUGGAUGAGACGUUGUUCUCCUUAUUACUGAGAGACGUUAAUUAGGUUGCAUGAUGAAAGCUUGAGCUAAGCUCAAGUGUGUAUCUCGUCACAAACUUAAAAACGCAAAUUACCUGAAAUUCGCGGCUCGAAAGCAUCCAUCCUCUUCCUAGAGGCUGGUAGAUAGUACAAUUUAACUUCUUAGUUUCUGGGCACUAUUGUAGAAGAUCUGAAUUAUGUUGGGCAUCGCCUUUUGCUCCGAGGUUAGUAGCGCGAAUCUUCGGGCUACCGCGGCGUCCGCGAACGCCCCUCCGGUGCCUACUACGUCGAGAUCGGUCUGACGACGUCCGCUUCGG